UCCCUCAAGUUGAUGCUCUGGAGAAACUUUUGUGUGCCGUAAGUGUAACUGUCUCACUGUCCAGCGACAGAAACACACAAACAGGAGGACUGAAAUACACACCCUCUUAGCAAAGACCUGAAACAGCGCCAUCAUGUCCAGCAAAAGAGCGAAGGGGAAAACCACCAAGAAACGGCCUCAGAGAGCCACGUCAAAUGUGUUCGCCAUGUUUGACCAGUCGCAGAUCCAGGAGUUUAAAGAGGCGUUCAAUAUGAUCGACCAGAACCGAGACGGCUUCAUUGAUAAAGAGGAUCUGCACGACAUGCUGGCGUCUCUGGGUAAGAACCCGUCUGAUGAUUAUCUGGAGGGAAUGAUGAGUGAAGCUCCGGGUCCCAUCAACUUCACCAUGUUUCUCACCAUGUUUGGAGAGCGGCUGAAUGGGACCGACCCGGAGGACGUCAUCAGAAACGCCUUCGCCUGCUUCGAUGAGGAGGGAUCUGGUUUCAUCCAUGAAGACCACCUUCGGGAGCUGCUGACCACCAUGGGCGACCGCUUCACAGAUGAAGAUGUGGACGAGCUCUUUAGAGAGGCUCCCAUUGACAAGAAGGGCAACUUUAACUACGGCGAGUUCACUCGAAUCCUCAAACACGGAGCCAAAGACAAAGACGACAUGUAGACCAGGAGAAAGAGAGCGUCGGCUGCAGCUCCACAGCACAUUAGAAACACACACACACACACACACACACACACAUGAACAUACCCACCAAGCGAUUUUGCAGUUAAUAGAUGACUAAUAGAUGAUUAAACAUAGACAGCUAAUAGACAUCUAAACACUGACUGCUUGGCUAAAACAAGGCUAAUUUUGGGCUCCUAAUGACAAUCGAUUUGGAUGUCUGUUAGACUUCUUUAAACACAUAAAAUGCUUGCUGGGCCUCCAAGCAAUUUUGCAUUUAAUAGACAUCUAAUAGACGACUAAACAUAGACCAUUUGUCUAAAUCAAGGCUAAAUUUGGUCUGUCAGAAAAGUAUCAUCUAGUAGACAUCUAUGAAUUGCCUUAAACUAGACUAUAGUAAUCAAAUAAACAGAUCAGACAGACUUCACAUGCGUUAAUGAGCUAUUCUUAGAUGUCUAUCAGAUUUUCACUGCAAUCCCAAAAUUAGCCUCGUUUUAGCCAAGCCGUCAGCGUUUAGAUGUCUAUUAGACGUCUGUUAGGCUUCUUUUAAACACCUAAAAUGCUUGCUGGGCCCUCCAAGCAAUUUUGCAUUUAAUAGACGACUAAACAUAGACAGCUUAGCUAAAUCAAGGCUAAAUUUGGUCCGUCAGAAAAAUAUCAUCUAUUAGAUGUCUAAGAAAUGGCCCAAACUAGACUAUAGUAAUCAAAUAAACAGAUCAGACAGACCUUACAUGCGUUGAUGAGCUAUUCUUAGACAUCUAUUAAAUUUUCACUUUGUUUUAGCCAAGCCAUCAGUGUUUAGAUGUCUAUUAGACGCCUGUUAGACUUCUUUUAAACACCUAAAAUGCUUGCUGGGCCCACCAAGCAUUUUAGCAUUUAAUAGACAUCAAACAGAUGACUAAACAUAGACCAUUUGUCUAAAUCAAGGCUAAAUUUGGUCUGUCAGAAAAAUAUCAUCUAGUAGACGUCUAAGAAUUGCCUUAAACUAGACUAUAGUAAUCAAAUAAACAGAUUAGGCAGACUUCACAUGCGUUGAUGAGCUAUUCUUAGAUGUCUAUCAGAUUUUGACUGCAAUCCCAAAAUUAGCCUCGUUUUAGCCAAGCCGUCAGCGUUUAGAUGUCUAUUAGACAUCUGUUAGACUUCUUUUAAACACCUAAAAUGCUUGCUGGGCCCUCCAAGCAAUUUAGCAUUUAAUAGACAUCAAACAGACGACUAAACAUAGACCAUUUGUCUAAAUCAAGGCUAAAUUUGGUCUGUCAGAAAAAUAUCAUCUAGUAGACGUCUAAGAAAUGGCCCAAACUAGACUAUAGUAAUCAAAUAAACAGAUCAGACAGACCUUACAUGCGUUGAUGAGCUAUUCUUAGACAUCUAUUAAAUUUUCACUUUGUUUUAGCCAAGCCAUCAGUGUUUAGAUGUCUAUUAGACGUCUGUUAGACUUCUUUUAAACACCUAAAAUGCUUGCUGGGCCCUCCAAGCAAUUUUGCAUUUAAUAGACGUCUAAUAGACGACUAAACAUAGACAGCUUAGCUAAAUCAAGGCUAAAUUUGGUCUGUCAGAAAAAUAUCAUCUAGUAGACGUCUAAGAAUUGCCUUAAACUAGACUAUAGUAAUCAAAUAAACAGAUCAGACAGACUUCACAUGUGUUGAUGAGCUAUUCUUAGAUGUCUAUCAGAUUUUCACUGCGAUCCCAAAAUUAGCCUCGUUUUAGCCAAGCCGUCAGCGUUUAGAUGUCUAUUAGACGCCUGUUAGACUUCUUUUAAACACCUAAAAUGCUUGCUGGGCCCACCAAUCAAUUUUGCAUUUAAUAGACGUCUAAUAGACGACUAAACAUAGACCAUUUGUCUAAAUCAAGGCUAAAUUUGGUCUGUCAGAAACUAUCAUCUAUUAGACAUCAGAAGAGUGAACCAUUUAGUCUUCAACUGUAUGUUAACUUAUGACAUUUUUUAUAUUUGUGAAAUCCAAACACAAUCUUGCAUGUCAUUUAUUGCAUAUAUUGCCUUGUAUCAUACAUUUUUACAGCUAAAUGCAUUACAUUGCUAAAUAUCUGCACAACAUAUGUUGUUUUUAAUGAGGGACUCGUGAAAUAUUUACAGUAUGUUUGAGUAAGUGGAAUAAUGUACUAUGGAGCUGCGGCUGAACAUUUUAAACUAUUGGAAAUGGCAUAAAAAUGCAAAACUGUUUUAAUAUCUCUCUUUAAUACAUCUGAUGUAUUCUGGUUCUAUUAUAUUGAACUAUUGUAAUAUCUAAUGGAAGGAAAACUACUAAAUAUAAAUGUAUACAUACUGCACUGCACAUUUUUCGUUAUAUGAUUUUUGCCUCAGAUUUUGGGAUGUAAGUUUGGAGCUGUACUCAAACUUAUAAUCCUCAUCAAACUCUGAAGAUCUGGUUUAGGAAAUGUGUGAUUACAUGCGGCAGCUCUCAGACAUGAAGUUAUCCAUCACAUGAACCUGAUGCAUUUUAUACGCAAAAGAAAUAAAUGUUCUCAACCCAUA